GACCAGGCACAAUAUUGUCGUGCGCGUGGGACCUCUGGCGGAGGAAGCUACUGACUGUGAGCGGUGCAGUGGUUUGUUUACAAACACGAGGGGUGCACAUGUUCAAGUACUGUCGAUGUAACGUGACGGAGAGUCCCCCAUGACAGAGAGCCCGUUUUCCUUUCAUUUCGAGAGAACUCAAAAGAUACAUGCGCUGUGACCUCCAUAUGACGUCAGCCGUGGGCGGCAUUUCCAUUGUGUUAUAAUAAGCUUGGGUUUUUUGCUGUGUGCUAUUAAUAACUAAUCGGAAUCCGUUAAAACCCGAUAGAAGCCAUGUUGCUUGAAACUAGUCACCCCAUGGCAAUAUUUCACAACAUAAACAGUGACUUGAGGAAACAGUGUCACCUGGAUAAACCCCUGAAACCUGUACAAAACGACUAACAAAAAGACAAGUGUUAGACGGACAACCAUGCAAUUGAAAAUUGAGAGACAACUCAAAAAAUAUGUGACUGAUUGCGAAAGGGCAUUCGAGGAAGUUGAAAAAACAAAGGAUGUCGCCGUCAAACGACUGAGGGAGCUGGCGGUCGAAUUAGAAGACCAGCAGCGGAAAAUGGAUAUCGUUAAGAUCUCGGCUGCAUCGUCUGGUGUAGUUGGAGGCGGACUUGUCCUCACGGGCUUUGGGUUGGCUUUCUUUACAUUUGGUGCUUCGCUCGUGGUUACAGCUGUGGGCACCGUCGUAGGAGGUACUUCGUUACUGACCAAGGCCGCGACAGAUAUCGCUGAGGUGGUGAUUAACAGCAAAAAGAUGAAAAAGGCGCAGGAAGCACUGCAAAACUACAAAGAAUCUUUCAGUGCAGCCUCAAAAUCUAUAUCCAAACUAAAGAAUUUUGUAGCAGAUAAUAAAUUGGACACCCAAAACCUGGUGCAUAAUUUACUUGCUAGAGCUGGCCAGCUGUUAAAACACCCAGUUUCGUUAUUGGCUCUUCGCGUAGUUCCUUCCUCUGUGAUGGCAGGUCGCAGUGCGGUGAUAACCAUCAAGGAGGCCGUUUGUAAAGGAUCCAUGUCGGUGUCAGAAGCCGGAGGACCCUUGAUUAAAACAUUAACCACUGCACAGAAAAUAGGUAAAGUGGCCGGGGCAACAGGUGCGGUUGUGGGCAUAGCUUUUGAUUUGAAGGACCUGAUUGAAACGUCUAUAAAACUGCACAAAAAGAAACAUUCAGAGGUAGCGUGCCAACUACAUGCCAAGGCAAAGAGUUUGGAAACUUCUUAUUCGGCGUAAAAAUAAAACCAGCGGAGUGAUGAAAAGUAAUUGAAAACGUUUGAACAAGAGAAAAGUUAUAAAAACCAAAAAGGCCUACAUUACCUGUUAAUAAUUGCCAAUGAGCAUAUUUAUUCGCUCUCGAAAAAUAUACCGUCCCCAUAGAUAACAGCUUUAUUUGUAAUAUUUGUCAUAGUAUAACUUAUGCAAACAUUUAUAAUUUUGACAGUUAUGCACUUUAUUGAUAAUGCAUGAAUUUAUAUAUUGUUUAUGAUAUUUUAUGCAUUCAAUAUAAUAAGCCUAUGACACGUUUUUUUCACUGAAACUAGUGAGACAAUAAUAACAGCCUCUCAUGAAAAUGCACUUCAUUCAUUUAUUUAUCACUUUAAAACUGUUAAACAUACAUCUUAAAGGAAAUUGUAACAUGUAUUGACAUUUUUCUUAAAGAUUCUUAGAUCUCCCCUUUUGAAGAUUGACAAUUUAAUAGUAAAGUGUGCUUAGGCAUUUACAGACAGAAGUGCAGUUGCUGAGGGCAAGGGAGAUUGCCUUCAAAUAUUUUUGAUAUAUCACAGUUUACAAGUGCAAUUAAGAGAAAUUUUCGCAUAUUGAGAAUUUUAUAUUUAAUUCUGUGGUUACCUGUUGUACCAGUACCUAUAAUAAAAAUGGAUGUUAAGAAAACGAUAUUUUGUAGUUUGUCUUGCUAAUGAGAAAUUUGACAAUGCUCGAUUGCUUGGCUGUUGUUUAUCCGAGGUCUUCUAUCUGUUACAAAAGCGUAUAUAAGUCUUGGCUAUGUUUUAUAAAUAUUUUGAAAAAUUAAGAUAAUGGCUUGAUGUUUAGUGAUUGGAAACAAAAUAUUGGAGACACGUGUGACCCCUACCAGCAAGCUGGCGCGUGCAACACUUCAAUCUAUAAAAGCUACCUUAAGAUUAAACCCACUUCUUGGUCGUUGUGUCAACCUUACUGAAUACCCAUGAGAACCCCUAUAAACUUUGUUGAUUAUCGUAGUACACGUGGGAAAAUUUUCUUCUCUUACGAAGAAUAACACCUGCAUAUUAUAUCAAUUUGACCCAUACAUGAACUACUGUGCAAUCGCGUAGAUAGCCCAUUGCCUCAAAAACACCUGUAACAAGUCAACCACUUCUUGGCUUUGUGCUUUAACCAGAAAGAUGAGGGUCUUGCUUUUUGGGUUGCUCUCUUCAUUGUGUGUCCUGGUAUCUAGCCAGGAUGUUAACAUGCUCCUUAAAGAGAUAGAUCAGCUGCGUUUCCAGCUUAAGAAGGCACAAUCCUCAUUAACAAAGCUGCAGAAUAAGUGUAUGGCUGGUCAAGCAAUUCCCUCGGACUUCGUGCAAUUUGGACAGUCUUCCUACAAACUGGUGACAAACCCGAAGCUGGCGUACAAGCCUGCGGAGGAUUACUGCAGAACGCUGCACCCUCGGGCUCACCUCGUCACUAUCGAGUCCAAGGAAGAGAACCAGUUUUUGCGCGACCUCAUGGUUAAUGACCAUGGCACUUACUUCGCCCUCAUCGGAGGAAACGAUCUUGCCCAGGAGGGCGAUUGGCGCUGGAUAUCCACAGGGAAACCCAUGCAGUACACUAACUGGACGCCAGGCAUGCCCGACAACAGCGGCAACUACGAACACUGCGUCACCAUGCUGGACAGUGGGAAGUGGAACGAUCUGGGUUGUGAUUACGUUGAAGAUGGUUUCUUUUGUGAGAUCGAUCCUGAUCUCUCAACUGAGAGUAUCUUGGGCUAGGAACAUUUUGCAACUCGCGAUCGUAUAGACCCUUGAAUAUCAUGCUCAGUAUUUUUGGCUGGCUGGCCUCUAGACUUCGUUCAAGUCUGGUACAUGUACCUUGUUACAUCUAAGAUCUAAUAAACGGAAUAUUAGAUCUUAGGUUACAUGUAUCUACCUAAGAUGGUAGGGAUUAGCAUGUACAUUUCUCGUCUUUUAUUGAAUCAAAUCUACAUAGUUCCUUUUGGGAUGUAAUAGUCAUAUUGAAAGUUAACUCGACGAACUUUCAUAAACUCAAGGACCAAAACUGAAUAAAAAUAUCAGAUUUCAGCAUCGCUUGAA